GCCUGUCGUCCGUGUGGUUGCUUCUGAGUGGAGCUCCCCACCUCAAGUUUGUACUGUCGGUGCCACUCGCAAGGCGCUGGAGGAAGGCAGCGAGCUCCCAGGCAACCUUGUCCUGUGUGACACUCCCGAAGCUGCCUCCAACCUCCAGGACUUGUGGGCCGCUUACCAGUGUGUGGCUCCCCUCACUGUUGCGCUGGUCGUGAAACAGGAAAGCAUUGUCUCCAGUAAAAGCAAACAACUUGAGAGCACUGUUUUCAGUAAAGGCACGCAGUGUGCGUCUCUUGUGUCUGUUGGCAGACAAGGUAACCUCAGGAACGAAGUUGUCAGAGUUGUUUGCUCCCAGCUCAGCGAGCAGGAUGGACCUGUUCCUAGACGGGCAAUCACUACAAAGAUCCCUGUGUCGUCGGUGAUCUCUAAAGUUACGGUGCGGCUCCUUGCGCCGCAGUGUUUCCGACAAUUCGUUGCUGGCGUUGAGAGUGAGGAUGAUCCGCGGGUCAUAAUCAGUGAAUGGGCAAAGCUCCUCGGGUGUCCCUUGGCGGACCUGACAGGGGGUACGUGGGAACGGAUCAGUGACAAAUCUGGCAGCGUGGUGGUAGGGCAUCUCCGAGUAUCCACCUCUCUUGCUCAAAAGAUUGUCAACCUGAGCGGCUCGCGCGCUCUUUUCGCGACUAGGACUACCUUCGAAGGGUCGCUGCUGAAGCUCAGACGCGUCGUAGAUAUCUCGGCUUUCUUGCUCAGUCAAGGCUGGCGCCAGGUACAAGUGAUCACUAGACGUAAAAGUUGGACAAAGGGCAACCCCCCUGAAUGGAUCUUUCAAGGUCUCAAACCGGAUGGGAGCCCUACUGAUCAAACUACCUGGUUCUAUGCUGACGAGAGCACGCAGCUCUCGGUGGGACCGGUGCCUCCUCGCAAGCGCGCCCCUGCUGAAGCUACCAGUAUCCCAGGCCCUCGGAAACGCUGGGUUGACCAGGAUGGCAAGGGGACAGUGAGGACCGGUGACGUUGACGCUGGGGUCAGCCAACGAGAACAGCAGAAGCUCAAACGUGAUGUAGCUCCGGGUGAGGGGCCCAUGGACUGGGAUGGCGAUGAUGAAAAUCCUAUCUUUCAUCCCUCCCUUUUUCUUGCUGCCGAUACUCAGAUUGAUGAGGAUGUUGAUCUCAUGGAUGAUGAUGAACUUGCGACGCGAGCUGACAAGAGGCUCCUUGACGAACUUCCUGCUGAAUGGGGCUUCCGGGAAGUCGGAGGUAGCGGCGACUGCGCCUUCCGGGCAGUCGCUUGGUCUUUGUCGCGAGCCCAGGGCAAGAAGCUCGAGGACCCUGAGGCCUUGCAGCGCGAGGCCGCGCGCCUUCGUUUGUUGACUGUAGGCCACAUCAGCAAGCAUGCUGCUCGCUUCAGUGAAUCCUGGGCGGCUGAUCCGGAGGAAACCAAGUCGGAUCGGGCAGGUCAGACUGCCUCCAUCAGUACUUUCGCGGAAUACAAGGAAGCGGCGGCCGGCAGGCACUUCUAUGCAGACGGAAUCAUGCUGCAGGCCUUGAGUGAACGCAUCGCCUGUCCCCUAGUCAUCUGGGCCUGGAACCCAGAGCUUGAUGUGUGGAACAGAAGUGUU